CAUUUUUGGCAUGCGUGCCAAACACAUCCAUUUAUUUCAAUUGCCCUAUCUUCUGCUUCUAUGUACCCAUCAACCUUGUAUUUUUCAGCUACCACAUGUUCACCUCCUUCGGAAUGGGCACUUUGAAUUUGCACUCCUUUUGUCUCCUCGUACCAUUGCAAAUAUUUCAGGGCUAGUUCACUUUGGUUAUCACAAUUUUCAUAACCUUUUUCGGGUACAAUUGCCAAAUGAUCAGGUUUCAAAUGGUUUACCCGAAAAUGUCUCAUACAGGCCGACGCAAUAGUCAUUGCAUCACGUAAAAUAUCUAUUCCCUCUGCCUUUGUACCAGG